GCUCGAGGUAGUUCCGAAAAAUCAGAUUUAGGGCCAGAUGGUGAUACUUUGAUAGUUUUUUUCAUGUGGAAUGAGCUCUCUCAGUCUUUUCUCUGUGUAUAAGAUGAGAUGAGAGUCGGAGAGUCAUCAUGUCGGAAUCUGAAAAUAAAAUAAAAGGAGAAGAAAGUCAGAGUCUUCAACUCGAUGAUUUUGAUGUAACUCAUUUAAAUGAAACAGGAAAUAAUGAAGAUGCUUCUAAGAAAGAAAAAGACCUAAGCUCCCCACUUAAGAGAACAUUUGAUCUGAUUGGUAAUAAGAAGAGUGAUCUAGCAGACUCAGACGAUGAACCAGCUUCAAAACUUGUCAAAAUCUCAAGUGAAACUACAUCUGAGACACAACAAAGUAAAGAUGAAAAAGUUGAUGAAACUCCAAAAACAAUAGUAGAAGAAAAAAGGAGUAUACUAAUUGAUAAAAAAAUUGACACUGAUUCAGAUAAUGAAUCAACAACUAAAUCCCACGAGGUAUCAAGUCAAAUUAUUCCGGAAACACCAAGUCAAGAAGGUACAGAAAAAGCUGAAAUAGAAGAAAAUAUAAAUGUUAAUAGUGCUGAUAAGAGUUUGGAACAAAAUGUUAAUGAAACGAACAAUUCAUUAUCUAGCAAUAAAGAAGAUAAUGAAUCUUUUGAAACAAUAUCACAAACAUUGGAAAAUAUUUUGAAUGAUGGAAAUAAAAUGGAAAUUGACCAUGUGAAAGAACCUGAUGGAAAAACCGAACAAAUUGAUAAGGUAGCAACUACAGAAAUAGUAGAAAAAGAAAAUACUACAAAUGAUGAAAAUGGUUCAGACAAAUUAACUGAUACAUCUAAUAAAAAUUCGAUCGAUGAAAAUGUACAGAAAUCGAGAAAAAGUAUAGAAGUAGUUUAUGAUAAGUCUCUAGCACCUCCUCCAAAACCAAAAGAAUUUGUUGAACUUGAUGAAGAUGGUGAAAAAAUUGUAUUGGACUCUUCGCAGGAAGACGCAGAUCCAAGUGCUUCUGUAAAAAGUGCAGAUAAUAAUACAUUUAAAAGUAGCUCGAAAACGACAGAAACAACUGAGAGUAAAAUGACAAAUGGAGGUAGUGAUUCAAACAGAAGUAAUGACAGUGAUCGUACAACAAGUUUACCAUCAGAUUUAAGUGAAUCAACUAUUACAGGUAUCAUUUCUAAGGAAAAAAUUCCUGAAGUAUUAAGUUUAAUUAGCGAUAGUGAAGGAGAAUCAUUCAUAUCUGAAGAUAAAUCAAAGAUGAAAACUCUUCCAGUUGAAAAAGAAAUAAAUGUUUUGUUAAAAGUCAAAUGUCUACUUCACAUUGACGAGACUUCAAAAGAAUUAGCUGGUAAAGAGGUUUUAGCAGUUUAUUGUGAAAAUAUAAGUGACUUUCAUUCUUCAUCAAGAAGAAGAAACAGCGAUACUUCUAACAUGGCAGACAUAUCUGAUAAUAAAGAUCCAGCAUCUCCUGGAUCAGUAACCAGUAAUCCUCAACCAUUUCCUUUACCAUCUAGACUUUCUGUAAUGUCUUAUGCAAGCUCAUCAAGCACUUCUUCCAGUGGAUCUUCGAAAUCUGCUAAAGAUAAUCCAUUUUCUUUACCACAAGGUGUUCCAAAGCAUGCAAAGAAGCUACAAGAUCAUGUUUCUGACGAAUUUACAGAGAAGCUAAAAAAAGAAUGGAAAAAUAUCAAUUUAAUUUCAUCGACUGUUAUUAAUUUUAUUAACAGUGAGUUGAUGACGACUGAUUUACAUAAUGGAACUAAUGACCAAGGAGAUAAUAUUUUAGAAAGAUUCAGAUCUUCUACUCCAGAAACUGUUAAGACUUAUCCACCAGUUUUAAAUUUAAAUACUUCAAUGAAAAAAGCUACAAAACGAACGAGGAAUCAAAAUGGUCGACCUUCAAAAUCAAAUGGUAUGAGUAAAGCAUCAUCAAGUAUAAUAUCAAAUAAUCAGGAAAGUGUUAAAGAAAAGAAAGAGGAAAGCAAAGUCUCAGCAUCUCCAUCAACACCAAGUAGACCCAGUGGACGAUCUCUUGGUAUUUUAAGAAGUUAUACACCUGUUUAUGAUCCAAGUGAUGCUUUAAUCGGGAAAAAAUGUUUUGCUAAAUGGUCUGAUAACAAUUAUUACCCAGGAACUGUAGUUAGUAAAUCUAAAAGCAAGUUCAAAAUCAAUUUUCUUGAUGGAAAAAAUAAACUUCUUAUUGAAGAUUUUAUUAUUCCAACUCUUUCAACGUUGCCUAUCAAUCUAUCUGUUUAUGCCACAACGAAAAAUGAUGACUAUGGAUCAUGUGGAAUAAUUACAGACAUUGAACACAAAUCUGAUGAUGAUAAUGAUCCUUGUUAUGCUGUUGAAACUGAUGAAGGAGAAAAAUUAAAGGUUCAAAUAAAAGAUAUCUUUUUAACGGCUGAUCAAGCACAAAUUUUAAAAGAAAUAAUCAAUGAAGAUUCUAAAGAUCCAUCUACUCCGCAUGCUGAAAAAAUGUCACUUGAUAAUAAUGAAGAAUUACGAAAAACUAAAUCAACUCCAGCAGUUUCAACACCUAAAUCAUCAAAGGAUAAAGCUCGAGCUGGUAAAUCAACUAGUACAGAGCCAUCAGUUUCAGGAACUGUAGCAAAAGUUGCUUAUGAAGAUUCAUCUGAGACUGACGCGAAAACAGAUGACAAUGAAAACACAUUAGGUUGGAUUCAACCAGAAAUAACAGGAACCUCAAAUGCUUCUUCAACAAAAGGGCCUCAGAAUCGUGUAAAAGGAAAAGGACGAAGCAAAAAAAAAGUUGAUAGUCCAGAGACCAUUAAUUUAUUGGGACCAAUACCUGAAGAUUCUAAUUUAUUCAAAGGAAUGUCGUUUAUUCUAACAUGUGCUCCUAUGGAAUCUUUAGAUAAAUAUAAGUCAGAAAUCCAACCAGACUCUAAUUCGGAACUUGGAACAGAUUAUGAAGUGGAGUGGACUAGAAAGCCUUUUAUUCGAGAACGAUUAACAUCUCAAAUAAUAGCAGGAGGUGGUAAAAUUUAUGAAACAUUCGAAGAAAUUCCAAAAGAAGAAUAUAAAAGUGUAAAACUUAUCACCAAUGUUCCAAAUAUUACUGCAAAAAGUCUACUAUGUCUGUCAGUUGGAAUCACUCCUUACAGUCAUCAGUGGGUUAUCAGAUGUUGCCAAGAAAAUAAAUUGCUCGAUUUAUCGUCAGAUUCACUGCCAGCAGGAUGGAGUUUAGAGAAAAAAUCUUACGUAGAAAUGCAUAAACGUUCUUCCAAUUUACCUUUUCAAAAUAUUAAAGUAAUAAUACCAAAGACUUAUGUUGCUGAACAGUCUUUAUCUCUGUGGCAAAAAGUUAUUGAAAAUGCUGGAGGUAUUGUACAAUUGAUCGAAAAUCCGUCAGACAAUUUUAUUGAUGGAGUGGCAGUACUUACUAAUCGUAAGUGUCCAAGUUGGGUAUUACAAAAAGCUGAAAAGUGGAACAUUCCUUUGGUAUCAUCGACAUGGAUUACUCAAUGUCUUAUUGAGGGAGAAUUAGUUCCUCAUGAUUCUCAACAAGCUUAUUUAUACAAUUAUUAUAAUUAAUAUCAAUCAAUUUACAAUAUAAAUAAUAAAAAAUGAACUACAAAUGAA